ACGCCUACGCUGCUCGGAUACUGCGCUCCAGCACCCAUCCACCCCACGCCCCGCGCCUUCCCCUCCCCAAGCCCAAGUGUUCAUACAUAUCUUGAGUUGGUUUUCUUUGAUUUUAAUUCACAGACAAAAAGGGGAAAACCCACUAAAAUCAGGGUUCAUUUGUUAUUUUUGGUACACGAAUGAAUCUUUUAUGUAAUUGAGUUUUUUUUAGAGCGAAAAUCUAAAUCCAGAGAGAGAGAGGGAGGAAUAGCAAGAAAUCAAAGAAGAAUGACAGAAGUGGAUCAGCUACUUAGUAAAAAAGUAGCCGAUCGUUACCUGAAACGCGAAGUUCUCGGUGAAGGUACAUAUGGAGUCGUAUACAAAGCCAUCGAUACUAAGACAGGGCAAACGGUUGCCAUCAAGAAAAUUCGACUUGGGAAGCAGAAGGAAGGGGUGAAUUUCACUGCUUUAAGAGAAAUUAAGUUGCUUAAGGAGCUUAAGGACCCAAAUAUAAUUGAGUUGAUUGACGCAUUCCCUCAUAAGGGGAACUUGCACCUUGUGUUUGAGUUCAUGGAGACAGAUCUAGAAGCUGUUAUUCGUGAUAGAAAUAUUGUUCUUUCCCCAGCUGAUAUAAAGUCGUACAUUCAAAUGACGCUGAAAGGACUUGCAUUUUGCCAUAGGAAAUGGGUCUUGCAUAGGGAUAUGAAACCAAACAACUUGCUGAUUGGGCCUGGCGGCCAGCUUAAACUUGCUGAUUUUGGUUUAGCUCGUAUAUUUGGAAGCCCAGAUCGGAGGUUCACACACCAGGUUUUUGCUAGAUGGUAUAGAGCACCUGAGCUGUUGUUUGGUGCCAAGCAAUAUGGUCCCGGGGUAGAUGUAUGGGCUGCCGCUUGUAUAUUUGCUGAACUACUUUUGCGUCGACCUUUUCUUCAGGGAAAUAGUGACAUUGAUCAACUGGGGAAAAUUUUUGCUGCUUUUGGGACGCCAAAGCCAUUGCAAUGGCCAGAUAUGGUCUACCUUCCUGAUUAUGUGGAAUACCAACAUGUUCCUGGUCAACCAUUGCGCACAUUGUUUCCCAUGGCUAGUGAUGAUGCUUUGGACCUUCUAUCAAAGAUGUUUACAUAUGAUCCAAAAGCAAGAAUUUCAGCACAACAGGCACUGGAGCAUCGGUAUUUUUCCUCCAUACCGCCACCUACAGAACCUGCUUUGCUUCCAAGACCUCCCCCCAAGAAGGAGUCCAUGAGUUCUAAGGUCUCAGACUUCAAUCCCCCAGAUGGCCCAACAGUAUUGUCUCCUCCAAGGAAGUUAAGAAGAGUGAUGCCUCAUCGUGAGGGGUUUGAUCUAAAUGCUCACCAGAUGGAUAAAAUGGAUGACCAUGAAAACGAGAUUAGGCCGGCAGCUGGGGAAAAGAGUGGACAAGCUCCAAUGUCUCUGGAUUUUUCAGUUUUUGGAAUGAGGCCACCAAUUAGACCGACGAUUAACAGUGCUGACAGAUCACAUCUGAAGAGAAAACUAGAUCUUGAAUUUCAACUACCGGAAGAAGAAUAAUUAGGAGACAAGUAUAUCCAUUUUCUUCAAAUUUAUUGCAGAGUGAGAGCUACUAGAGGUUUGUGAAGGCCAUAUCUGAAGAUAAUUCUCAUUUAAAUGCAAAUCAUGACUGAUUUUCUGAUUUUAUGGCGAAUCUUAGUGGUUAUUUUGUCUAUUACCACAAUUGCAGAGACUGACUUUGUCAAAAUACCGAAGUCACUAGCUGAAUUGAUGUUAACCAGCAGGAUAUACUCCCAUAAUGAAACUGAUUGAAAUGUGUACAAUAGACCACUGAGUGCAAGAAUUUUUUAUGUACGCCCUGGAUUCUGAGUAUCUAAUAUAAGAAUCCUAUAUUCUUGUAUUUGAGCUGUGGGAGAGAUCAAGCAGCAGCUUAAGGGAACAUUGAAACACUGUAACCGUUUAAAACUAUACGGUCAAACUGUUAUGUUAAUAAAAUUUUGUGUUUUUGUAUGUCAAAA